AUGGCCAGGUGUCACGUGCGCCCUUAUCACCACCUCCCACGAUCCUUAUCAAUACCUGCUGGAUCCCUGGAUUACCGGUGGGAGCUCACUUGGCUGUUCAGCUGUCGAAGAUGCUCCAGAUGUGGCAUGGGUAUUUCAUCAUCAGAACUGGUGAUGCGCGCGAGGGACGAGGUAUUCCACCUGCACUGCUUCUCCUGCACUACUUGCGGAGUCCUGCUCACAAAGGGGGACACCUUUGGGAUGCGGGGAGGAGCCCUCUUCUGCAGGCCACACUACGACCCUGAGGAACCCCCGCUGUCUCCUGCCUGGGGACCGAGGGGCCGACCUCGGAAAAGGAAGUUGUCCAGCCCAGAACCUCAAGAGCAUCCUCUCGCCCUCACACACCCUUCUGUAGGUCAAUCAUUUCCCUCCAGUGAGAAGAUGGAUGGUGUGGAAGACAGUCCCAAAGCCAGAAGGUGUGAUGGCGGCAGAGACGAUACAGGUCAUAGCCACGACUACGGUGAUCAACUUCAUGUCUUCGCAAGAGCGGACAGUGCCUGGGGUCCUGCCCGGGACUUCAAUGAUCUCCGAUGCCAACGACCGGUGAUUCACCCUCAACCUCCGUCCUCUUCCGGAGCAAGGAGCACCUCCAUUGUUGUCUUGGUCGGCCCAUGCAAGGGUGGUGUAAUCUAG